AAUAGACAUUAUUAAAAGUAAAAUUAUAUUUUUAGGAUGGUAUCAUUGCAUAUGUUCACAUUUUUGGCUGGGUGGUGGGUGAUAAAUUGUGAAUGUAUUGCACAAUGGAUGGUUAGUUUCAUGGAUAUAACUCGCUCUACCUUAAUGACGAUUGCUCCUAAUAGGAGUUACAUUUGAUAUUAAUGACUCCAUAGAGAUUUGAAAAUCUAUAUGGAGAAUACUGAAUAUCUAUACAUUGUUGGUAUGAUUAUAAGACUGUGUUACAAAAUUAAACAUUAUGUAUCUUUUCCUUUAUAUAUCAUGUCAUGUAUAUUAUCAAUUAUGUCUUCUUAGACUGUCAUUUCUUUCAACAGGUUGACAUCACGGUAGAAUUUGGAAAGCUCGAUUAAUUUUUCUCUAGGUAAGCCAUAAAAUUUAGGUUUCCUUAGACACAUAAAGCCUCUUGUUUAAUUCAAAAGAUUUAGACUACUAAUGAAACAGAGUAUUAGGUGCCGCUCAAAGUUAAUGUUUGUAUUUGAAAAGCGGGAUGGGAUUAGGUGCUAACUAGCAAAAAACGCUACUAAAAAUAACGAAAUCACUACAACAUCUAAGCUAAAUCACUACUAAUUCAAACUAGUAGUAGUUUUUCCCUUGAUUAGAACGGUGCUAACUAUUGUACAAUUAGCACCUAACUCCUCCCUUUGAAAAGCAGAAAAGGAACAUGUCAUUUUAUCCCUUCAAUACCCUUUGAUAAAUCUAAUGGUUGAGUUUUAAAUAAUUUUCAAGCAAAAAUUAAAAAUUAAAUUAAAUACCAAAAUUUAUUUAAUUUUAUGUGAAAUUUAAGUCUAAGUUAAAAAAAAUGAGAUAUAAUAUGUUAAAAUUUAAAAUUUUAAGAAAUAUUUUAAAAUUAAAUAAAAUAAACCAAACUUUCAUUAUGUUUAUGUGAAAUUUAGAUCUAAGUUAAAAAAAUUAGAUAUGACCUGCUGAAAAUUGAAAAUGUAAAAAAAAAAAAACAAUUGAAAAUUAAAUAAAAUCAUAAUUGUAUUAAGUUUAUGUGAAAUUUAAAUCCAAGUUAAAACAAAUUAGAUAUGAGGGGCUAAAAGUAAAUAAGAAAGUUAUUCAUUGUUAUAACUUGUUGUUAGUAUAAUUAUUUUUAUAAUAUAAUUAUGUUUAUAGUAUCAUAUUUUUAUACUAAUGUUUUUUAUAUUACUUGUGCUUCUCUUCAAAAUUAAUGUAUGUAUAUGUGUCAUCAAUAGAAGCUUUGAUGCUCAUAUGGAUGUUUGAUUCAACUUCAAAUGGAUUUGAAACAAUAAGAUAAAGGAUAUAGUUGAAGCCAAAAAAACCAUCCUCCAUUACUAUAUGGUAGAUUUUUGUGUACUUUUCUCCAUUUCAAAUUUCCUGCAACGAGAGUGAAAGUAGGAAGGUCAUUUUUGUCUUUACACAUUUAUUAUUUAUUUCAUAUAAAAAUAGCAAUAUCAAGAUUUGAACUUGGGUCUCUUCAAACAAAGAUAACAAUCACAACCAGUUACACUAAACAAAUUUAUUUCAUCUUUUUUUAUACAAAAAAUAGACAAAGUUAAUCUCUGAAAACCAGAGGACUUUUUCAUCAUAAUUAGCAAGCUCUCCUUAAUUUUUGCUAAAGGUAAAUGGGUAAUUGGCUAACAUGGAAGAAACUAAUUAUGUAACUACGUGUUGUAUCCUUGCAUUUUUCAAUUUAAAUUUUUUGUUUUUUUAUCUUUGUUCUUUUCUCUUUCUAACUUCCUUCGAAAUAACAUCCAUCGUGCAAUAGUUUGCGCCUUUCAUUUCCCAGUACAAGACUUUCAUUGAAAAUCAAUCUUUAGGUAUCUCUUGGCACUACGGUUUUAUUGUUGGGGAUUUUAAGCUGGGCGAGUAGAAGAUUUCAACUCCAAUAUCAAUUCAUGGCGAAUAGAAUGGAGUUCAUCAAUAACUGAAGUUGUAGAAGGAGGAUUAGAAAUUGAAUUUUUGGUUGAAUAUAUGCCUCUUGAGAUAGAAAUUUGGUUGUACAACGGAGUGUGGUGGCUAUUGGAUCUUUAGGUUUAUGGUUUUUGCAACUGUCACAACCUAUUUCUAUCUUAAAACGAGGAAUCAUUGAUUGAUUGUUUGAAAUAGGUCGCUUCUUUAUUCAACCUACUGUAACUAAUAGAUAAGGAGUGUCUAAUUUUGCGCCUUAUUACUUUGAUCGAGUCUAUUCGUAUAUUGGAGAUAACCCUGAUUUUUUUGUUUGCUCUCAAGUUGUGAUGGUCCCCUCUUAGCUGAGUUUUUAGUAUAUAGAUGACUUGAAUCAACAACUCUCCAUUUCUUUUUGAUUAGUGACAUAUUGUUUAUAAAAGGAGAGCAUUGAACCCUUUAUAUAGGAUUGUGAGGUUUAAGAUUUAGUUUCAAACUAUCUAUGGGUUGUGUGAGAAUUUUAGUGAGCUUUUAUACUCUAUAUUUCUUGACUGUAAAAAAAAAAAAAAAAACUAACCAAUAGCAUUUUAACGGGGACUUUAUUAGCAUUAUGAAAAUGGGGUCUAUUGGGGGUAUUACUAAAUACUCCGUUCACAGACUAAGUAGUAGGGCGCACAAUCGGCGAUGCGCGAAGAGCGCACAAUCAGCGAUACGCGAUGUGCGGUACGCGCUACAGGUAUAUAAGGGCUUGAAGCCCCCCCAAAAGAGGGACUUCUCCUCUCUCCUGACUUUCCACUUUUCCUUAUCUCUCUACACUUUAUCUCUCUACCUUGUUCUCUCAACUUUCACCAUAAACAUAAACUGACUUGAUCGUCGGAGCUUAAUCCGGGGGGCAACCCCGGCUCUUUCACAGGUCUCCCCCCCCCCCCCCCCCCCCCGACGAGAUCAGACGAACAGAUCGUGAGUCAACCCCACACCAACAAAUAUCAUUGUUCGAUCCGGAGCUAGUCGGUACAAACAAUUGGCGCCCACCGUGGGGCUGACUUACAGAUAUUUUCUUCUGAUUUCUGAGGGAGGAUCCAAGAAAAUCCCACUUCAACGGCCACGAGCAACGGUCGCCGCCAGAAUCCGACAAGAACCAGACGAGCGAAAGAAAGUGCAACAAUUUCCAUAGUCAACUUUUCCUGGAGACUAAGCGAGCAAAGCACCUCCACAAUCCACAUGUCUAUGCCAUUUUCAAUCAACAAGGGGAAGGGUAAAGGUGAUUGUCGGUCAGCAAGAAAAAAAGGGAGAGAUUUGGGAAAGUCCCAGGAGGAUACGAUCUCUCUCACCAUCAUACCAAGUCACAGCCACAACCGGUCCUCACCGUCGACCAUCUCGGCGUCUUCCGAAAAGUUAGUAUUUGGAGGGAACGAAGUAAGUGGGAAUAAGCAAUGAUUCUCGUUCCACCAGCACCAUCAACACAUCAUGGAGUCGAGCUGCAACUAAAGAAUGAGGAAAUAAAUAAAUAAAAUUCCGAUUGCCGGAUACAGAUCGGUGCCGGAGCACCGAGGAGAAAGAGAAGAAGUCAUAGUCACUCACUAGCUGUCACGUCGUUACUGCAAAUUUGCCGAAAAAAAUGGGUUACCACUCCUUUCUCUCUGACAAAAGAAAAGACGGGCGAAGUUUUCGAGGCAGAUGGGCACAGUCAACGAUGAAACCAUGGCAAGUGGAUGACAGGCUGGAAACCCAGCAAGGCGAUAGAGAAAAGAAGGCGCCCACCCGCCCGAGCUUCUCCCGGAAUGGUGACAGGUGCUCCGCCGUCUCCACUAACGCGCUCUCGCCGCCAUCGCCAAAGCCAAGCACCAAUCUGUAUGAGGCGCCCAACUCCUAUCCCACGCCAAGGCCUUCAAAUCCAAGUGCAGCGCCGGAGCACGGGCUAUGAGAAACAUGCGACACCCUUUGCCGAGUUCCUCUCUGAUGAGAAUGCGCUUUCAGCCUGAUGUCUCCGAUCUCCUCAGCUUCACGGGCAUAACGACCGUCAAUUUUGCCUCCGUCGCGACACCGCGCUUCCAGCUCCUCCGAUCUCCGUGGACGCCGCCGCCGAUAACUGCCCAAGGAGGGUGAAAUCCCUGAAAUAGAGAGCAAGUCAACUUGUGAUCCCUUCCGCGGGACGACUCACUAGUCACGUACAACAUCGAGAGGCCCACAACUAGCUCGCGGCCCAAUCAUCGCGUCAAUUCGGGAAACCCGCUUCGCAAUUGGCCGGCCCUGCUACCGAUCCUCUGUUCGUCGCCGCGCCGCGCCAUUUCCUGCUGCAGUGCCUCGCCAAUCUCCUCCUUUGCGCGUUCUCUCCGUCACAGCCGGCAGCCCCGCGUUCCGCGUCAUAAAAAAAAGAAGAAGAAGAAGAAAGGGAAACGCGUCCAAAGAAAAAUAAAAGAAGAAGAAUCUCAGCCGGCAGCCGCGCGUUCCGCGUCAUAAAAAAAAAGAAAGAAGAAGAAGAAAGGAGAACGUUGCCGACAACCCGAUUCGAUGUCGUUAUGAUCCGCGCGGAAGCUCUAUCGAAGCUUUGGACGGUCGCGCCACUAUCAUCCACCAAAUCAAUCAAAUCUACCAAUGGCGGUGGCUUAGCCUGCGUUUCGAAAGCAAAAAAACGUGGAAGAAAGGAAGAUUGAAAAAAAGGGGCAGAUCGAAAUUUCUAAGAAAUUGAUUCUCCCCCAUCGGCACAACCGCGAUUUGCACCUUGUGGGCGACGCAUCUGAGUCUCUGACCCGCCUCCAACUACCAUCUCGAAACACCCCCCAUGAAAAUAAUACAGUUGGCUGGAGAUUCAAACCCGCGUCAAAAAGACAAACGCGAGCACGUCCACCAUUAUGGCAGAAGACCACAUUCAGAAUAUGAGGCGCGUCACUUCUCUUUUGAAACUGCUCGCCGCCACCGGUCCGAUAAAUUCAGUCAUCGCACCACAAGAUUCGCUCCACGCAAUCAGCCCACCGCUACGACCCCUUUCCGCUUCACUCGUCAGUCAUUGGGCCGCGCAAUCAGCCCACCGCUACGGCCCCUUUCCGCUUCACUCGCCAGUCAUUGGGCCGCGCAAUCAAGCCACCGCUACGGCCCCUUUCCGCUUCACUCGUCAGUCAUUGGGCCUCACUACGCGAGCAAUGGGCCCGCCAAAACUCACAAACCACAUCACACCCACAAGAUGCAACCGGGCCGUCACAAACAUCCGCCAGCAACUCGGCCCAAGUCACUCUGACCCGCCAAGAGUGAAUCCGAGCCUCCACGCGGGCCUGACUCUACUCGCGACCCGCGUCGCACAUGGCCCACCUCAAGAGCGGAUCCAAUUCUUCACGCGGGCCAGACUCUACUCGCGGCCCGCGUCGCACAACCCCCCACCAAGCUCAUUUCCGCGAGUAGAUCCCACCAUGACCCGCUCCAGUGCAGCCCGGCAAGCCGCCCUCCCAACCCGCGGCCCAAUUCACUCUGACUCGCUUCAACAGCACCCGCGAGCAACAUGGGCCCUCAUCCAACUCGCGUCCCCGAGCCCACUUCCGACGUACCGCCAAGCCCACCAACAAGCGGCCCAACUCGCGACCCGCGUUCAACAGGGCACGGAUUUCUUCAAAAAUAUUAUCGCCGACAUCAGGAAUUGAACCCGCAUCACUCAUCCGCCAGACAAGCAACAUUACCAUUAGCCUACAUGCGGGCAUUAUGUUUCAAUGGCGCAGCGUCUUCCUUUCAACUACUACUGCCGCCACUGCGCUAACAUAAAGCUAAGUACUCUAU